GGAAACGGGAGCAGUGGAUCGAGAGAGGAAGAAGGGCCGCGCGGGAAGGGAGAGCCGUACCGUGACAGUGGCAACGACCAGGGGGGAAGACGCGAGGUCGAGGAAGACCUCCUCCCCGCAGCCACGAUGGCGACGAAGCCGGUGCCGAAGCCACGCUCGCUGCUGGCCGACAACAGGCCGAUACCGGCGCCCCGAAGAAUCCCGCCGAUCUUGCCACCCGCUCGAUCGAGCAGUCCCACCAGCGAGUCCAGCCAGUCGGAGAAGAGCGACGACGUGAGGUCGACCGGCACGAACGAGAGCCAGCGUGGCUCCAACCACGAGUUCUUCCGCAGCCUCAGCACGAGCUCGCGCCAAUUGAAGGACGAGAUCUCGGAGAAGAUGACGGUGAAGGGUCGCGCCAUGAUCUCCAGCACGAGGAACGCCAGUAUCCGGCUGGAGAGGUCGGUGAAGAAUCUGCUGACUCGGAGGCUGUCGUCCCUCAACCAGGACGACGUCGGCCAGACCGGCGGGAAGAAGCUCAAGGACCCGGUCGACGAGGACAGAUGCGUGUCUAUGCCGGCCGACGACAUCUUCAGCAGCAUCUCCUUCUACAGCCCGCUCAGCGGCAACCUGAGGAGCGUGAGGAACGAGGAGGACCUCUCCGGCACCAGGCACAGUCCGCCGCCCCCGGUUUAUCCGCCACCUCCGCUUCCGGACGAGUCUAUCUACGACGAGCUGCAGUCCGUCAUAUCGGGCAGCAGCGGCCGAUAUGAUACUCUCAGCUCGACGGUGUCCGACAAAGUCGAGCGAGACUUUCCUGAAUCGUUCAACCGCCUCGGCUUACCGCGAAACCAGGACAGCGAUUCCGACCAAAGCUUAAACUUGUCCGACGUCAACGUUAGUCUGUCGCAAGACAAGUCCGAGACCUCCAGGAGGCUGUCGCGAUCGGACUCUUGGACCUUCUACGAUACCACACCGAGUGCGAAACCCGAGACCAUCGACGAGGACGAUAAGGCGUCCAGUGUAGAGGAGGAGGAGGAGAGCCUGGAGAAGUCCUGUGAUAAAGGACUGCCGAUAAUAGACCGGACCUCUUACGCGUCCAAUGAGAGCCACGCUUCCGUCCAGAAUUCCCUCUACGAGAACCUGCUGCCGCCGAAGGUCGACGGCUGGCAGUCAUCCGUGACGAGUCCCCCGGACACCAGGCAGCAGAACAGCAAGUCCCUGCUCUUCGAGUUCGACCCGUUCGCGAGGACCUCCGACGAGAAUGUCUACAGCAACUACGAAAACAACGACCUGAUGCUGUUGGAGGCACUGUUGGCUACCAACGAUCCGCUCAGCAGAACGAGCAGCACCGUCGAGCUUCACGAGGACGUCGACGCCGAGGAGGAGCACGAGGACGACGAGUUGACGCAUCCCGGCAUCAGCUUGAUCCCUCCGGAGCCGCCCAAGAGGUUCGAUUCUCUUCCCAAAAACGAGUACGACGAGGUGGAAGGCGUGGAGCAACCCGACAGGGUCGUCUCCAGCAAGAACCCGCCGCUCUUGCCGAAGUUGGCCCAUCUGGUGACGAAGAAGCAGCCCGCGGUGCCUCCCAGAAAGCCUUCCUUGAAGAAUCCCGCGGAUAAUCCGUCCUGUACGUCCCUCAAGCCGGCUAUGAGUGCGACGACGACAACGACAACGACGACAACGACAAUAUCUGCCAACAACGUCGAAGGAAACGUCACCGGAUCUUCGUCCGUCAGAGCCGCCGAGGAUCAUCGUAAGGUCAGCGUGAUACAGAAACUCAGGAAACUGCGCCAGGAGUCCACAGUGACCGCCAUCAAGCCCAAUGUGAUCAGUUUCGUGAAGACCGGCAGUAAAUUUCUAUCUAGGACUCGUGAACACAUCAGCGAGUCGUCCGCUCCGAGGUCGCCACGAAUGGAGAGGCCAAAGGUCAAUGCUCCGCACAAUCAGGUCACACACCGGGGAAUGGUGUAUAGGCCUGGCGUGGGCAUCGAAAGGGCCAAGGAUCUCGUGCCGAGAGCGGCGGUGUUGACCGAUCGGAAGUUAUCGUUCUACACGGACAAGAGUAUGUCUACGCUGAAGGAGGCCGUGGAACUGGAGACAGUGCACAGUAUUCAUUUGCUGCAGGACGUCAAAACCGUGGACAACGAGACGGUGCAUUGCGUAGCGAUUAGCGGCGAGUGCAGGCCGAGAGUGCACAUUUUCUACGCGAAAGGCGCCGCCGAAAGGCGCAUCUGGGCCCAGAGGAUCCUCGAGGCCACCACACCGGUCUUCCCCACGAAGUACACCUCCGAACUCACCAGGGCGGGCUGGGCUUACCUGAAGGAAGGCGUAACAGGAACGUGGUUCCCAGCUUGGCUCUUGCUGCAACAAAGGAUUCUGAUUUACACGAAGUCCUUCGAGCCUGCGUUCGCCGUGAACUUCGAGCAAGUAGACCUGCGAAAAGCCCGUUGCAUCGUGUUGCGGGAGCAGGAAGGACCGAUUAGCGGACUCGUUCCCGUGGUGGUCGUCGACGCGGGCGGCAGCGGCGCCUUGCACAUCGCCACGCCGGCGGCGUACGAAGCACCAGCUUGGCGGCACGCGCUUUACCAGGCCGCUACAAACUGCGGGCCCGCCUUAGACCAGCAGCAGAUCACGCAGGACAACGUGCCGGUCAUCCUGGACAAAUGCGUCAACUUCAUCUACGCGCACGGCAUGAUGUCAGAGGGUAUUUAUCGGCGCAGCGGAUCGAGCAGUGCCGUAGUGAGACUGCUGGAGGCCUUCAGGAAGGACGCGUGGGCGACGCAGAUCACGCGGAACUCGUACACGGAGCACGAUGUCGCCACGGUUCUCAGGAGGUUCCUACGCGACCUACCUGACCCAUUGUUCCCGGCUAAUAUCCACGACCGACUCUGCCUCGCCGCAGAAUCGACCAGCGAGGAGAAUAGAGUGGCAACUUACCGGAAAUUACUGUCCGUCCUGCACCCCGUGACGUCGGCGACAUUGCGGCGAAUCCUGGCGCACUUGCACGGCCUCAGCCAACAGAGCGCGAGGAACCUGAUGACCGUGGAGAACCUGUCCGCGGUCUGGGGUCCCACGUUGAUGCACGCGGGCGAGAACAGCGCCGAGGAGUGGAAUCGUGCUGAGACUAAGGUCGUCGGUGACCUCAUCAGGCUCUAUCCGAAGCUCUACCAGCUGUCGUCGGCUGAAUUGGCCAAGGAGGCGAAGAUGUUGGAGGUUCUGGAGAAGCAUCACGUGUCUAACAGCGGUCCACGGGCCGCGCCCUCGGGCGAUCUGAAGAUCUGGAUAUAUAUCUUGUCACGUAAUGAAAAAUGCGUGAACGUCACUAUCGGACCUCAAAAGACUGCCUUCGACGUGUGCCGAGAACUUGCCGAGAAAGCCAACCUGCCGGCUCACGAAUUGUGUCUGGAGGAGUACACGCUGUCCGGCGCUCUGGAGCGGCCGUUGCAUCACAACGAGCGCGUCCUGGAGACGGUGGCGAGGUGGGGAUACUGGGAUCCGGAAGACAGGAAAGACAACACUCUGGUGCUGAAGAAGGACCGGCUGUACAAGGACAUCGUGCCUCUGGUGAAGCCGCCUAUGACGAUCUCGGGGGAGCUCAAGUUCGCCGAUACCAGGACGAAGAACCUGAAGACGUACCUCUUCGAGUUCAGCCAGGCGAAGUUGUGCUGCUACAAGGACAAGGUGUGCUCGGUGAAGCUGCACGAAUGGAAGAUCGAGGAUAUCGUUUGGUACUUGGGGCAUGAACCGAAACGCAACCCGCAGAUGGGCUGGUCCAUCACUUUCAUAAUGAAGAACAAGAAACCUACAAGAUGCAAGGAUAGUCCAUACUUCGGGAAUACAUUGGCGGGCACAUCUAAGGACGAGCAGUACAGAUGGUUAGCAGCCAUGCUCUUCGGCGAAUAUCAAUUAAAUCUUCGUCCUUCCGCGGUGAACCUCAUGGAUCCAUGACUGAUGAUUAUUCUGCGAUUACAGGUUAUUUAGCGUUUCCAAAGCGAUCAGGUGAUAACUUUUUACCACGGGAGAAUCAUGACCGAUUCCGAAUGAAUAUACAAAUAUUGUACAUACAGUAUUCCAGCCGAUAUUUAAUAGAACUGAUUAAUUUAACAUUUUAUAGUUCACACGAACGCUGUACUAGGGAUUUGAUCGCGCUGGAAAAGCGUUUGUUUGCGUUAGUGCUUAAUCCGUUCGGUCGCAUACCUGACAGUCUUGUUUAUAUAGUUUGUAAUGCGUUAGUACUUGCGCAUCGACGACGACGCGCUGCGAACAUUGAUCACUGUCAUUGUUAAAGUAACGAUCAUGUAACACGCCAUUUGUAGAGAUAAGAUUAACGAAAUAUUACGCUAAAAGAACGAUAUAUAUGUACACUAUGUUUUAUAAUAAAUUUAUUUUGAAUUUA